GCUCGCGGAGCGGGCGAGGAGAACAGCGCGUGUCAGCUCAGACUACCUUAAAUCGCUCCGCUGUACACCACGUGAUACGAUUCCUGGAAAGUUCCUGGAAAUGCUUCUUUUGUGUUAAUGGCACACAUACUGGUUAUAUUGGUUAUUGGUUAUCCGUAUACGCGCGUGUUGCCAGCAGAGUGACGGAUACUAUGGGAGUAAAUGGCUUUCAGCAGGAGGUCGACGCUCGGAUAAAGCUUAACCUGACACAUACACUAAGUGAGUGAGGCGAAGCUGGAGAAACACCGUCGACGGUUGAGCCUCCAUCUCCGUCUUGUACACCCUGACCGAGUUAAAGGAGCGAACGAGCUAGCAGAAUUAUCCGUGAGAGGAGCCGCUUCAUUCAGGCAGUGCAGCUGAUAUGGAGUGUUGAAAACCGAGGAAACUGGCUUCGCUUUUCCAAAGCCAACGCACCGGGCUAGCUAGCUUUUAGGCUAGCAACACUGGACCCAUUCAGGACAGCAUCUAAGAAGUUUGCAGAUCCAGAGGCAAGCAGUGCCUCCCCGUCCAGCACCGUGAAGCGUCUGGCUGCUACAGACCCUGUCCCAUGUCUCUGCUGUGGGCCUACAAUUAGGCUGAAGGUAGUUCUCCAAUGACCUGCCAGUCAUCUGAGUCUACAGAAGCCAUCGAGAGCGACAGAAGAGCCGACAGCGAUUCUAGGGUUGCAGAAUCGGACGAGAGCCGCAUUGCAUUAGCCAUGAAAGACUUGAAAAACACAGGCUGGUACUGGGGCAGCCUGACUGCCAACGAAGCCAAAGAGAUUCUCCAGGAUGCUUCGGAGGGCACCUUCCUGGUCCGCGACAGCUCCCAGAGGGACUACCUCUUCACCAUCUCCGCCAUGACAUCUGCAGGCCCCACAAACCUACGUAUAGAGUACAAGCAUGGCAAGUUCAAGCUGGACUCUGUGGUGCUGGUGAAGCCCAAGCUGAAGCAGUUUGACAGCGUGGUUCACCUGGUGGAGCACUACGUCCAGCUGUCCAGGACCACUGAGAAAGGGGCGUCAAACUCUCAGCCCUCGGCGCCCCCCAAUGGGACGGUACAGCUGCUCCUGACCAAGCCCGUCUAUACUGCCAUCCCUUCCCUGCAGCACCUCUGCCGCAUCGCCAUCAACAAGACUACCAGGCAGGUCCAAGAGCUGCCAUUACCCAACAGACUGAAAGACUACUUGACAGACUACACCUACAACGUGUAGGGACUAAAGAGCAUGGGACUGCAAUUCAUCUACAGUAUGGAAUAAUACAAGUGCAAUGCAUCAGCUACGUGUAAAGCCCAUUUGACCACUGUUUGACCCUGUGAGUGAUGCCGUGGACCCCACAAGUAGAAAAAUCUCUUCAUAGAACUUCGAGGGACUGGCGGUGAUAGGUGGUAAGAAGUGUGGUGUUGUCAUCACCUGAUCCGAAUAUCCUACCUGCCAAGAGCCAAAUGCCAGUAAAAUGUGUUAUUGGUGGAUAAAUCGACAACAGGGCGUUCACACUGCAAGCAACUUGGUGUCACUUGCUCCAAAUGUGUCUGUGACUGCGGCUACAAAUUUUCAACAGGCAAAUAAUGUAGUUUUGCUGUUUGUGUAUUGUCUUUUGUAACAUGAUUUUUUUAACGUCAACAUUGCCAUCCUGUAAUUGUUAAUUAAACAGCCUUAAUCAAAAAGGAACAGAAAAAGAUCUCUUUAAAAUGAUUCUUGAGCUCCCAUUUACAACAUUUUUUUUUUUUACAUUUUUUUUUCUGGUAGUGACAGAGAACUAAGAAGCUUUGAAAGGCUGGAUUCAGUUCUUUGUCCAUUUCACACUUGAGAAGCAUAACCAAGAAGCAUAACCAUUGUUCAUGAAAUAAACUCACAUCAGUAACAAAACAAGGAAGUCGUCUUUGGAAAUUUCAUUGGCUGCUGACAGCCGUGAAAUGUUUGAGUCUCCCUGAUCACUCAGCUCUAAAGGAAAUGUAUAAACUUCCAGGGACUUGUUGAUUAUGUUGCUUGCAGUCUGAAUGCAGGAUCACUCACAGCUUUACUUGACAAUAACAAUAAUGUUGUAAGGCCUCGGACACCUUUGUCCCUGCCGAUCACCAUAUAUUUUUCAGACUGUAGGCCAAUCACAUCAGAGCAAAAUCCAAACUCCUUGGAUGGGUGAAAAGCUGAACAUUACCUGGAACUCAACAUUAUUCUCACGUGGCUGCGCAACACACGUGUGAGGCCACCAAACAGAUGAAAAUAAAAUGAAGACAAGAAAGAUUCAGUGUAUAAGUGAGUGAAGUGUAAAAUAAGACCAUACCAGUUAUUCUGCAUGUUUAGUGUAAUAUCUGCAAAAUGUUAAUACCUCAGAGACUUCAGAUUUUCUUCACACUAGUAUUCCAUCACCAUAAUAAAGUCGUCCACAUUAGUUUUCCCUAAAAGCAGCAGCACUGCUGUGUUUUGAUGACUUGAAAUUGGGCGGAGUGAAACGCUCCCUCCACCAAGGAAAAUAGUCUCUGGGGAAAUGUUUGCUUUACACAGGAAAUUAUCAUGUCUGUGGUUUAUGAAUGGCGACCACUUUAUUAGCUGCAGAAGCAGAUCAUUACAAGUUGGCUGUUUCAACAAAAUAUUCAAAUUUAAAAUGGAGUAUUUUUUAUUACAUUCUGUGAAAUGUUUAGUGUCCAUGCAUGAUUUGCAAAACGGUUUACUGCAAUGUAAAUUGUGGGUAAACAGGAGUAAAUGGGCCAAACAUUCAAAAUCACUGGUAUGGUCCUUUUCAAAGCUCUAAGUUUGCCCUUGCGAUUCAUAUUGAAUGUUUCCCACAGUCUCUGAUUCUGUUCAAAACAGCAUUGAAAAUGGGUAAGGUGAUAAAUGUGUAUAGACAAUUUUGGUUAUGGUCAUGUUUUUUGUUUGUUUGUUUGUUUGUUUGUUUUUGUUUUUGUUUUUGUUCAUGGCAGGCCAGCCAAAACGCUCAUUCUGGACUUCAGCACUGGUCACCUCUAACAUUCAGAUGGGUAAUGUUUGUAACGGUGUCACCUCUGGUCCAUUAAAGGGUACCAGGGAACGAAAAAUAAAAUAGAAGCGCAAGGCUGGGGUCCUGGUUGAUCUCGACUUUGCCAUGUCACUUCCACAGAACUUUCUGGGUUUCUGAGGAUGGGAGGGCAUGGCUGUAGUCUGUUUUCAUGGCAAGGUGUUCAUUCUACAGUAGGUCACUCAGGUAAACAGGGCUUGACCUCUGUCAGGGGUUGGUUCUUGCACACCUUUGUCCACAUAUUGAUGCUCUUAUUGUUGCUGUCAUGUCUGAGACAUGAGCAUCCGACACUGUGUUGACUUUGGUUCUAAAUCAUGUUUUAAUUUGUUCAUUAUCUGUGUUUAUUUUUGUAUUGUAGGCUAAUCAUUGAAGGGAAGGGGUGCUUUGUUGCUCAUUCAGCUAAGAUUUCAUGGUGAUAUACAGUAGGCAGUAGGCCAAACACCAGUUUUCUUUUCUUCAUCCUCCUGCAAUAGUAUACAGACAGUUCUUAAAUAUUCUAGAUGAAUAAUUUUGUAGUAUCUACAUAAAACAGCAUUGAGCAAGAUAAUAAAUGAGCAGCAUCAUGGUCUAUUUUUCUGCUACUUGGUGGGUCUACUGUACACAUCACAUCUCUGGCUGUGACAAUACAGAAUCAGCUAAUAUUGGUGAUUAUGCAGCAAAAAAUGCUUUGGGAAACUCCAGACCUGAUUCUUUUUCUUUUUCCUUUUCUUUUUUUUUUUUUUUAAACUAUUUAUUGAUUGUGCCCCACUGUGUUUCCUGGUACAUCUUAAGAAAGCUGCGCAAAAAAAAUUGCAGUUGGGUUGAAGAUCACCAGUCUGCCUUCUACAUGCUGGCCAGCAUUGAAUGAGAUGUGCGGCUAUUGUGCCUCUGUAUUGUUGCUGUUGUUAUCAGUAGAUGGUAUAGAAGCAGGUCUGGAUGAAUUCCACUUAUGAGAUGAAUAAAAUUUUUAUACGGUGCUUUA